UAUAUUUUUUGCCGGACAAAGAAAGUUGAAACUAGACAGUUUUAAAUCUUGAUUUGAUUCCAGGCCAGUAAUACAAAAUUAAAGGGGAUAAGAAAGGACAGAAAUGGACAACAUAUUUUACAAUGAAAAUGCUUCUUCUGCCCUUAACUCCCAUGGUCAAGCCACGAAUGAAAAUACUGCUGAUCAUGCCACGGAUCAAAAUACUGCUGAUCAGGCCACGGAUCAAUUAAUGCAGGUACACAUAAGAUCUCCGACUGUAAGAGAUGAUUAUGCUUGGAAUGUCUGUGACAAACAGUGGAAUAGUUUUACGAAUUUAGAGUCUAUGACAAAUAAUUAUUUCAAAAGUGAUGCAUGCUUUACAGAGUUUAGUCAGAGUGAGAACUUUCAGACAUACGUGAACACACAAACUGAUGAUAAACGGCACAAUUGUGAGAUAUGUGGUAAAACAUUUAGUAUAAGUUUUAAAUUAAAAGCACACAUGAGAACACACACUGGCGAGAAGCCAUUUGAUUGUAGUGUAUGUGGAAAAAGAUUUUCAUGUAAAGGGAAUUUACCAAGUCACAUGAGAACACACACUGGUGAAAAACCUUAUAAAUGUGAUGUAUGUUGUAAAAACUUUAGUGUGAAAUCAAAUUUAAAAGCUCAUAUGAGAAUACACAUAGAUGAUCAUGAUGAUAAACUUCAUAAUUGUGAGUUUUGUGAUAAAGGAUUUAGUAAGAAUUGGCUCCUAAAGAGACACAUGAAAAAACAUACUAUGCAGGAUAUUGCUAAAUUUUACACUUGCGGUGUAUGUGGUCAAGAAUUUAAUCAGAGUUAUAACUUAAAAAUACACAUGAAAACACACACUGGUGAUAAGCCUUAUGCAUGUGGUAUGUGUGGUGGAAAGUUUUUAUAUAAAGGGGAUUUACCAAGACACAUGAAAACACAUACUGGGGAAAAACCCUAUAAAUGUGAGGUAUGUGGUAAAGGAUGUAGUCGGAAAGCACAUUUGGAUCUACACAUGAGCAUACACACUGGUGAGAAACCUUAUAUAUGUAAUAUAUGUGGAAAAGGAUGUAGUCGGAAAGCAUUUUUGAAACAACACAUGAGAAUACACACGGGUGAAAAACCAUAUAAAUGUGAUAUUUGUGGACAAGAAUUUAGUAUGAAACAAAACUUAAAAACACACAUGAGAACACACAUUGAUGAAAACCUUCAUAGAUGUGAGAUUUGUAAUAAAGGAUUUGUCAAGAGUCUGGACUUACAGAGACACAUGAGAACCCAUACGGUUGAUACACUUCAUUAUUGCGAUAUAUGUGGUGAUGGAUUUAGGCGGAAAUAUAAUUUAAAAGAACACAUGAGGAUACACACUGGUGAAAAACCGCAUAAAUGUAAUAUAUGUGGUAAAGGAUUUGCAAGUUCCGGGGUUUUACCACAACAUAUGAGAACACACACUGGUGAAAAACCUUAUAAAUGUGAUGUAUGUGGUAAAGAAUUUGGUUGGAAAAGUAGCUUAAGAGUACACAUGAGAAAUCAAAAUGGUCACACUGAUGAUAAACCUUAUGAAUAUGAUGUAUGUAGUUAAAGCUUUAAUCGGUUGAGUGACUUACAGAUUCACACGAGAACACACACUGAUGAUAAACCUAAUGAAUGUGAUGCAUGUGGUUAAAGUUUUAAUCGGUUGAGUGACUUGCAGGUUCACACGAGAACACACACUGAUGAUAAACCUAAUUAAUGUGAUGCAUGUGGUUAAAGCUUUAAUCGGUUUAGUGACUUACAGGUUCACACGAGAACACACACUGAUGAUAAACCUAAUGAAUGUGAUGCAUGUGGUUAAAGCUUUAAUCGGUUUAGUGACUUACAGGUUCACACGAGAACACACACUGAUGAUAAACCUAAUGAAUGUGAUGCAUGUGGUUAAAGCUUUAAUCGGUUUAGUGACUUGCAGGUUCACACGAGAACACAAACUGAUGAUAAACCUAAUGAAUGUGAUGUAUGUGGUUAAAGCUUAGUAUGUUAUGUUUCUAAGAGACAUCUCCUUGUGCAUGUGAUAAUCCUUAUCAGUGUGAUAUACAUUUUAUGUGGUAAAAUGUUUAAUACAUAUCAAAACUCUCUGAAACGUAUACUAGUAAGAACACACAUUGGUGAGGAAUUUAUGAUAUAAUUGAGGUUGCAAUCUACGUCUGGUUCUUUAAAUAAAAACCUGAUUGGAAA